AUGGCGACAACGGAAAAGACUUCAGAUGGGAAGGUCGACAUCAAAGGAUGCGCAAAUGAUGAGAUAGACAUUGAAAGGAUAGCCACUUCCGGAACUGAGCAGCAUGGCGCUUCAAAAGAAAUCCGGGUAGUGGAGAACGCGGGAUUCCACCGGUCUCUCACCAGACGCAAGGUGAUGAUGAUGACAUUUGGUGCUGGAAUUGGAACUGGACUCUGGGUGGGAACCGGACAAGCGUUAUACUAUGCUGGUCCUGGUGGCAUCGCCUUGACGUAUACUUUGACUGCGAUUAUCGUCUACGCCCAGUAUUGCUCAAUUGGUGAGAUGAUGGCAUACAAACCAGUCCACGGAGGUUUCAUUCGAACAUGCGUUGAAUACGUGGAUCCCGCAUACGGUUUUGCUGUUGGAAUCAACUUCUGGUUCGCAUGGGUAAUGAUUAUCCCAGCAGAAAUAACAGCAGCAGUUUCAGUCUUGAAAUUCUGGCCAGAAACAGACGCUCUUCCUCUAGCCGUAUACAUUACAAUCUUCCUGGUGGUGAUUGCACUGGCCAAUCUCUUCCAUGUCCGGAUUUAUGGCUACAUCGAGUACUAUAUGUCAUUCAUCAAAUGUGCCGCAAUCAUAUUGAUGAUUUUCUUUCUGUUCAUUAUGACAUCGGGAGGUAUUCCUGCUACCCAUGGUCCCAUUGAGUUCCGCUAUUGGAAAAACCCGGGUGCAUUCAAAAAUGGAAUGAAGGGAAUUGCGAAAGCCUUUGUGCAAGCGGCAUUUAGCUUUGGCGGUGGUGAGCAUGUCGCUGUGAUUGCCGGUGAGAUAGCCAAUCCACGAAAUACAAUCAAGAAAACUGUCCGUCCAGUCUUCUGGCGCAUGUUUACCUUUUUCGUUGUCAACAUUUGGCUAGUGGGCAUGUGUGUACCGUCUGAUGACACCGAUCUGGCUACCGCGAGUGGAACUCUGGCAAGCCCUUUCGUUCUCGCUAUCAAACGUGCAGACGUCUGGGGACUAGCACAUGCCAUUAACGGCUUCAUUUUCCUCAGCGUCAUUAGCUGUGGCAUUACUAGUGUCUACGUGGCAAGUCGAAGCUUAACAGCACUUGCAGACUUGAAUAUCAUACAUCCUUUCUUUGGUCGAAAGGAUGCGCAAGGUCGGCCCCUUGUGGCGUUGGCUAUUAGCCUGGGACUUGGUGGAGGACUUUGCUAUCUCAACUGCGACAAUAUUGGUACAGUUGUGUACGGUUGGUUUUCUUCUCUGGUCGCUAUUGCAACUCUAUUUGAAUGGUCUGCAUGUUAUAUUGCUCACCUUCGCUUCAGACAAGGGCUUAAGGCCCAAGGUAAGGACCUUAGUACACUGCCUUUUAAGGGACUCCUCACGCCCUGGGCACAGUACAUCAGCCUCCUCCUGGUGGCUUUUAUCUUCGGCUGUGAAUUUUAUUUAUCGUGUUGGCCGUUCGGUGAAAAGGGCUCUGCAAAGACGUUUUUCUCCAGCUACCUCGCUGCUCCAUUAUUUGCCUUCGACUAUCUUGCUUACAAAUUCUAUUUCAAAACAAAGAUUGUGAAAUCCAAGGACAUGGACUUUUCCGCAGCACAAUAUUUUGAUGAAGAAGAUCGUUUGAACGAGAUGGCAACCCAAGAACAGGAACAAGGGGCAAAGGCUGGAAAGGAGGCAUGGAUUAAGCGCGUUCGAUAUAUGAUAUUUGGGUAG